CGCUCGCCUCCCUCCUGCCCCCGGCCUGGCUUCGCGGUGGAGGCGGCGCCUCUCCGCAGCCCGGACCCAGCUGGGCUGGCGCGCGGCGCAGGGCGGGCGAGGGCAGGCGGGGGGCGCCGCGCUCGGGCCCCAGGCGGCUACUGACGGCGGCAGCGGCGGCGCCAGGCGAGCGCGGUCCCCGCGUGCGCACAAGCUCACUCCGCCGCGCAGGGACCCACGGAUACCGGCAGCCGGCGGACACACGGACGCGGAGACCCGGGCUCGGCGUGCGCUGCUGAGCGCACACGCUCCCCGUCCUCGGGCGGCUCGGGGCGCGGAGUCUGCCCCGGGCCGACCCGCAGCCCGCGGCCCCGCGGCGAGGCCCCGCUGUGAGCAGCCUGUAGAUACCUGGGGCUGAACAGCAGCUGCUGUGAGUGAGAGGCGGGCAGCACUGGCCUGAGCCUCCUUCUGGGCUGAGAAGCAUCAUGGCCAGUGUCAUACAGGCCUCCCUGGCUGCCCUCCUUCUGCUGCCUAUGGCUACCGCCAUGCACUCUGACUGCAUCUUCAAGAAGGGACAAGCCAUGUGCCUGGAGAAGAUCCAGAGGGCCAACGAGCUGAUGGGCUUGAAUGACUCCUCCCCAGGCUGCCCUGGGAUGUGGGACAACAUCACAUGUUGGAAGCCUGCCCACGUGGGUGAGAUGGUCCUCGUCAGCUGCCCUGAGCUCUUCCGAAUCUUCAACCCAGACCAAGUCUGGGAGACGGAAACCAUCGGAGAGUUUGGAUUUGCUGACAGUAACUCCUUGGAUCCCUCAGGCAUGAGGGUGGUGAGCCGGAACUGCACAGAGGAUGGAUGGUCGGAGCCGUUCCCUCAUUAUUUCGACGCUUGUGGGUUUGAUGAGUACGAGUCUGAGACUGGGGACCAGGAUUAUUACUACCUGUCGGUGAAGGCCCUGUACACAGUUGGCUACAGCACGUCCCUCGUCACCCUCACCACUGCCAUGGUCAUCCUCUGUCGUUUCCGGAAGCUGCACUGCACCCGAAACUUCAUCCACAUGAACCUCUUUGCGUCGUUCAUGCUGAGGGCCAUCUCCGUCUUCAUCAAAGACUGGAUCCUCUACGCUGAGCAGGACGGCAACCACUGCUUCGUCUCCACUGUGGAAUGCAAGGCUGUGAUGGUUUUCUUCCACUACUGUGUCGUAUCCAACUACUUCUGGCUGUUCAUUGAGGGCCUGUACCUCUUCACGCUGCUGGUGGAGACCUUCUUCCCCGAGAGGAGAUACUUCUACUGGUACAUCCUCAUUGGCUGGGGGACCCCAACUGUGUGUGUGUCCGUGUGGGCUGUGCUGAGGCUCUACUUCGAUGACACAGGCUGCUGGGAUAUGAAUGACAACACGGCUCUGUGGUGGGUGAUCAAAGCCCCUGUGGUUGGCUCCAUAAUGGUUAACUUUGUGCUCUUCGUCGGCAUCAUUGUCAUCCUCGUGCAGAAACUUCAGUCUCCAGACAUGGGAGGCAAUGAGUCCAGCAUCUACUUCUGCGUGCAGAAAUGCUACUGCAGGCCACAGCGGGCUCAGCAGCACCCUUGCAAGAUGUCAGAACUGUCCACCAUUACUCUACGGCUCGCCCGGUCCACCCUGCUGCUCAUCCCACUAUUUGGAAUCCACUACACGGUCUUUGCUUUCUCCCCAGAGGACGUCAGCAAGAGGGAGAGACUUGUGUUUGAGCUGGGGCUGGGCUCCUUCCAGGGCUUUGUGGUGGCUGUUCUCUACUGUUUUCUGAAUGGGGAGGUGCAGGCAGAGAUCAAGCGGAAGUGGCGGAGCUGGAAGGUGAACCGCUACUUCACCAUGGACUUCAAGCACCGGCACCCGUCCCUGGCCAGCAGCGGGGUGAACGGGGGCACCCAGCUCUCCAUCCUGAGCAAAAGCAGCUCCCAGAUCCGCAUGUCUGGCCUCCCAGCCGACAACCUGGCCACCUGAGCCCACCCUGCCCCCUCCUCUCCUCGGAACAGCGGCUGGGGCUCCGGUGGGUGGGCGCCGGCCCACGCGUGCUGUGCCUCUUCUCUCCCUUCGGGCUGGCCCUGGGCUGGGAGCCCAGCUCCCCGAGGUGGGAGAAGGAUGCAGGGCGCAGACGGGUAGUUCCCCUCCCCGUUUUGGCGCUGGCCCCGCCCACCGUGGGCCCCUGGGCGUUGACCCCAGACAUGUAAAUACUCCUUAAUUUUGGGAAAGUCGUCCCAUCCCUCCCCCUCUACCUUGUGUCCCUGCUCACCUCAGGCAGGUCCCCAGCUCCACCCGACCCCGUCCCCACCAGCCUCAGUGAUCGCCUGACCCUGUGUGGGAGGCCUUGUGAGCUGAGGCUGGUGACCUUGCUUUGGUGGAUUCGGGGUGGGCCCUGCCUGACAGCCCCCCUGCAGUGUCUGACUCUCGGUAUGGACUCUUUGAGUCUACUCGCCACCCUGUGGCUCUUUUCAGGCCUGGCCCAGUCCCCGAGGCUGCCAGAGGUCCAGCGUGGAGUGCUUUUCGGUGCAGGCGAGACCCAUGCUCACCCAACAUCUUGGUAUCCAGGUGCCCAGUUCCUGGGUAUCAGACAGUGGGAAAGCUCCAGGGCUCUUCCAGUCAGAGUCUUCAGUUUGGAUGUGGGGCUAAGGCCAGAGAAAGUUCUGGUGCUUUUCAUUUGGCCCAAGAAAAAUUGCCAGGAGCCAGAAAAGUGGAUGUGAUUGGAAUGGAGAUGGAAAGAGUUUGGAGGGACCCAUGGAAGAAGACCUUCACCACCUCCAUUAGUUUACCCCUGACUCAAGGUAGGCGGGGGUUCAUCUGGUAGCUUCCCUUCUGUGCCUCCUGUCCCCAGGCAUCAGUUGCAGAACAUUGAGAGAUGGAUGCCUCAGAGAAACUCUUCCCCAACUACGCUCACCAUAUAGAGCCCCUAAGCCCUCCCCCUCCCCCUCGAAGUCAAAGCCAUGACUGGGAUGAACCAGCCACCUUUCUGUGAUAUCAGUGAAUCGCGAAGCACCUUACACCUCCACGUGCCCAGGGCCCAGGGCUCCCCUUCAUCGCCCCCCCACCGCCCCAGACCACGAGGAGCCUCCGUCACCAGCUUUCUCUGGCUUGGGCUCAGCUAAUGAAAUUGGAGACCUCUGCAAAGACUUCCCUCUGUGCGCUUUAGACAUGGAGUCAGCACGGAUGCCGGGGUGUCGUAGGGUUUGGGAGGGGAAGCCACACCUGCCAUGCUUGUUAGCAGGGGCUGCUGAUGGGAGGAGUGGCUGCACCCAAACUCCUGUCCUGGCUGCCCAGCCACAAGUUACCAGACCACACCCUAAGAAUUUAAACUGGGGCAGAACCAGGUUCAGGACAGGUGGAGGAAAGUGCUAGAAUGCAGUGGCCCCUGUGCGGGGCCCCCCUCGUUUGUGUCAGCUUGUGGUGUUUCUGUCCAAGUGUGUGUGUGGGCUUGUUUGACGGGCACGUUCUGGAACACUUGGAGAGUUUGGGAGGAUGGGGAAUGUUGCUUUGCUUGGUUUUAUAGAGAGGAAGAGGCCCAGGGGACGAAGGGACGUGUUCCUGGAGAGGCCUUCGAAGUGGCUGGAGAAGGGCCUAGUGCUUGGUUUACAGAUAAGCUCCAUGUGCAGGGAAGCACUGUGGACCCUGGGUCUUGGCUAAGCCAGAGGAGGGCAGGGCCUGCUUUCCCUGCUCCAGGCACACACGGCGACUCAGGCUGGCCAUGGAGUGUGUGGCGGCCUUCCCACCCUACACCUACCUGCCUCAUGAUCCCCUUCCCUCUGUCUGGGAGCCACGUGUGUUACCUGAGGGGGUGUCCAGAGACACACAGUCUGCCCCAGCUGGGCUCAGACUGCUGAGAUACUGGACACAGUGAUCCCUGUUCUGGGCCUCAGUUUCCCCAUUCAUGACAUGAGGCGACUUCUAGUGCUUCUCCAGGCUCUGUGCUUCAGUAAUUCUCCAGUUCAAAGCCAGGGCGGGUAAAAGGGCACACAUCAUUGUUAUGUGUAUCAUCUGCGGUUCUGAAACGUCUGUGUUUGUGUAUGAGUGGAGGGAGGUUGGAUGCUGUGUACUCUCCCUUUCUUAGAAAUGGGACAUCUGUCUCUUACAUUUGGACACCACAGUGAGAGGGAAGGCUCAGGCCAGGGACAGCUGGACAGGGCAUGAUAUGCAGACCCAGCUGUGUCCCGGCUGGGGCAGGGUGCCUCGUCUGGGUGGGCAAUGGCUACCCCCAGAUCCUAGGAGCGGUACCCUGAGUUUGGACCCUGUUUCUUCAUCCUCGCCCCCACCAGCAGGUCUGCUUCACUGUGGAAGAAGAGGGUUUGAUCUUAUACAUAUAUCAUCACAAAAUAGCAAAAGCAAAAUCUACCCCGAAUCCCCAUGCCGUGCUGCCCCCUGAGCUGUGGGCCUGCAUCCUCGUAGAGGUUCCAGGUUCCUGUUGGUUGCUUUUUGUCUCUGAACAAAUUAUUGCCAGCCUUGUGAGCAGAUGCGCCCGAUGUAUUUUGAAUGCUCCAGGAGCUGUUCUUCAGGGUCACAGGCAGUGGGGGGACAGUAUAAGGUCUGGGUACCACCCUUCCCUCUCUGACCUGCUUUUUCAAACCUGUAAAAUGGGCAAUAAGACUAGCUAGCUUUUAUAGCCCACUGUAUCUCGGAGAUUCUCGUCUAGACAUCAGCCAUCUCCUGGGAAUGGGCUCCAGGCAAGGAUUGCAGUAUUCACCUGGACCAGGAACAGGUAGGAAAUCAUGCUGAGUGAGGAGGGGCCGAAGGGCCUUGGGAACGGUUGGGCUGGAGAGGAGCAGUUAUCUGACUCCAUGUCUCUAGAAAGGGGUUGUUUUUGUGCUGUGCAAUCCUAAGGGACAGAACUCACCCAGGGGAGGCAGUGUUCCCUUGGGAUGAAGAAAUCUCUCAUCCUCUGUCAUGACUGUGCUGUCAAGCAGUAUCAAGAGAGAGACUCUAGCCCUGGGGGAAAUGGGACUCCAAGACAAAGAUGCUGAGCCUGUCAGGGAAACCGUGAGGGGUCGGAGUGUGGGAAUCGGGGUUCAGGGGCUCUCUGGCGGUCCCCAGCACGACAGACUUCAUGACUUCCCACCAUGCUUGAGGCCAGGCCACGUUCUCUGUCUCAGUGGGCAGCUCCAUGACCCUCCUUGACAUAUCCAGGGGCCUGCAGUGAUUCCUUCUCUAACCCACACCCCUCCCUGAACCGGCUUCUCUAGGGCAUAGGGCCAGAGAGCUGGAGCUGGGGCCCGAGCCUUGAAGUACCCUCAAGUCCGUUAUCACCCACCUCCUUCAUCUGACCCUCUCCCUUCCCGGAAGGAAAGCUACAAGAGGCUUCUUUGUAAUUCUGUGAGUACCCUUGAUCCACUCAAGGCCACUUCAGAGUGAAAGCAGGGAGCGCUUUGUCAUCAUAAGUUCCUACUUGGGCCCAGUGACUAUGGAUUCCUCUGGAGGAGCCCUGAGCAGGGAGCAGGGGACCUGGGUGUCUUCCAGUUUUGCCACUGAGCUGUUGUUUGGCCUGGACUCCUUCAUGUAUCUUUGGGGAAACUCACAAAGUACUAGAGCUGGGAGGAAACUUGGAGAUCUGCAGGUCAAACCUCCCCAUCGGGCUGAUGAGAAGACACAGACAGGUGGGCUUAGCACAGUGCCUGCACCAUCUGGGGACCCGGUAUGCUUUACAAACCUGAAUGGGGAAAUGGCCUGCCAAUAUGUGCCCCCCUGCACGUGAGCCAGGACAAGACACCCAGUAAAGCUUCCGACCAGAAAAUAUUCAGCCUUGCGCAGGAGAAGGGCUCUGGUUACGGAGGUUGUCGGGACUCCAGACUGCAGGAGGGACAGUGGAGUCGGCGUGGUGAGGGGAGACCUGCGUUCUAGCCUCACUUGACCACCUGCUCUGUGCUCCAAGGCACAGGCACUCUCUGGGCCUCUGCUUCCUAAUCUGAGAAAUGGGUGGACAUGAUUUUCAGUCUGGCCCACGGGUCGGGGCAAGGUUGAGGUGAGAUGCCCUUGCAUAUGGAAGGGCUUUGGAAACUACACAGGUGUGAGCUGUUUACUGGGGUGAAGACCUCUGAAAGGGGGACCCCAUGCUGUUUGUCAACUGCUUUGAGCCCUCCUGGGUUAACCUUGGCCCCAUUUGCAAAACCACCAGCACUGGGGGGUGGAGGGGGAGGCCAGUGGGCGCUGAUGGACACAGAAUUCCACGUUUAUUCCCAUUAGUUGGGCGUUUGUUCUUCGGAUAGAAUGAGACUUCCAUGUGGGUGAUGUUAGUGUUUCCAUGCCACCCCCAUGGGAAUCCUUCAAGAAUCUGGGACACCCCUCAAGGGCUGUGUGCUCAUUUUUCUCCUUUUCCUGAACUCAGUGUCCUGGGAUGUGUCUGUGCUUGGCCAUGUGUGUCUUGUCUUAUGUCUGUCUUCUGUAGCUUUGCCCCUGUGAGGGCUGGAGUGGGGACGCCCCUGGCUUCCCAGACGUGGUCCAGGCUCGCUGUGGGAGCCGGGCCCACCUGGGUCUCAUCUCCCACAAUAAAGAUAAGCCCCACAGACCUCACUGCUACUGCUGUGCUCACAACCUUGUCCGGGAUUUUAAGAAUGUCAAACUGCUAUAGAUGAUUCAAUAAAUGUCUUAUCAUUUUUUC